CUGGGGGAAGUCUGAGGAGCUGGGAACAGCCUGGAAGGACGGCUGUGAAAUCUUCCCGGCCACAUCUGCAGACAGGGGCCAGGCAGCCGCCUGUCCUGGAGUCGAGGAUCUGGGCUGGGCGGCUCCUCCCGGCUCGCCCCUCUUGGAGUUCAGAGUCCCAAGCUCUGUGCUGUCGUUGGCAAAGCCCAGGAGGGGACACUGGGGUCCUCUCUCCGACAGGUCAGGGCACGGAGCUAAUCUAGUCAACCACCACUAAACCACGUGUGUCUCCCAUUAGACGGCCGGGCCACAGGCCGGGCGUGACGGGCAGAGCUCGGAAGAGGCUGCAGCCCCUCUUGGUGGCUCUGAAAGGACCCUGCCUCCGGCUGUCUCGGGUGGAAGGAGAGACCCUGGCCUCUCCCUGCCUUAGCUCCUGUCCGCAAGGUGCCGUCCCCGUCGAGUGUGGAGGUCCAGGCUGUUUUCGGCUGUGCAGACACAGCGGGACAGCUCGCUAUCAACUGCGGCUGAAAAUACCUCGAUGCAAAUGGACAGUUUUAGUGCACAGGGGCUGAAAGCAUUAACAGGCACCAGAACGGGCAUUUAUCGGUCUGAUGUCAGGAACAUAAUUGCAGACCAGGGCCCGGUGAGGCCCUGAAGACGGUUUUCGCGCCACGUUGCGGCAUGCCUACGGGUGGCCGGCUGCAGCUCUGUGUCUGGGGCCACCUGGGUCGUGAAUUCUGUAUGCAGAACCUGACGUCAAGUGCUGUCACCUGACUGCUGUGGUGAACAGAGGCCUGACUUCCGGGUGGCUCUGGGCCAGCUUGCUGCUGGCCUGGCCACCUGGGUCCUGGGCCACUAGCCAGGUCACGUGUGAGGCAGCCUCUUGUAUUUCCUCCAGAGAUGUGUCUGCCUCCGAAGGUAAGCCCAGCUCGGGCCCAGGCUGCAGCCCACCGUUCCCAGAGAUUUACAGAAAUAUAGCCGUAUAGACACCCACCACCUUCUCCCUGUCCCCCCACUACAGAGGCUGUAAACACUGAGUAAUGCUUUCUCAGCAACCCCUUGCAGCUGGACGUGAGCAUGUGACUGAAUUUUGGUCAACAAGGUGGAGGUGGAAUUUUGCUAAGGGCUUUAAGAAGGCGUCUGCCUCUAUCAUGGCUGGCCCUGCCCCUUCUCCCUUCUUGCUGAUCCAAAUGUUGAUGUGAUGUCUGGAGCUUGGCAGCCAUUUUGUGACCAUGAGGCUACAAGCCGGGAGAGGGAGAGAUGUCCACAUCCUCAAUGUGGUGGGGCUAAGUCUGCCAGAAGCAGCAGCCUCCCCUCUCCAGACUUCUGGAUUGGUGAGGAGAAUCCACCAUUGUUUUCUGACUGGGGCGCUAAGUUACAUGGCAUUUUUAUCCUGAUGUGCAGAUGUGUGGCACAGCCCCAGCAAUUCCGGACUCCCUUUCCAGCCACGGGCUGGCAUCUCUGCUUGGGUGUCCCAGGACAUUUCAUAUGCAACAGAGUUGCUCCCCCCACCUUCCAAACGUGCCCCUGCCCCGCUGCUCUCUCUCUCCUCCAUCCCACGCCGCUCUUCUCUUGUGGGGCCCCUCCCCUCCCCCAGUGGUGGAAAAUCAGGACGUCCCACCUCUCAGACCCUCUCUUGAUACGCCCGUGGGGGUGUGAGCUCAGGGGUCUAUGGCAGGCCAGACUCCCAAGGAUCCCUGCCGAGGGCUCAUCAGCUGGCCCCUCUCGCUGCCCCCCUCCCCAGCUUCUCCUGGCUUCUGAGCAGCAGAAGGGUGCAGUACGGGGCCAAGAGGGGGUAGAGUUUGAUGAUUCAGGCCCUUCCUGGGUCUCAGCCCCCACCCCAGAGGCCCCAUGGGGUGGGUGCAGGUAGGUACUCGAUAGGAGCUGAUACACGGAUGACAGGGGUGGGGGGUGGAGGGGGUGGUGCCGGCCCCUCCCAUGCCCCUGAGGGGGGCUGAAGGGCUCGCUCUGCCCCACAGGUGCUUCCAGGCCAUUCUCCUUCUGGCCCUGAUCGUGUUCCUGCUGGCUGGCUUCCUGCACAGGGACAUCAGGCUGUUCGAACCCCUGCUCUGGGGCCAGGCCGAGGGGCCACCCGUUAUCAACGUCAUGUUCCUCAAGACGCACAAGACCGCCAGCAGCACGGUGCUCAACAUCCUCUUCCGCUUUGCGGAGACGCACAACCUGUCGGUGGCGCUACCCGCCGGCUCUCGCUUUCACCUGGGCUACCCCUGGCUCUUCCUGGCGCGCUACGUGGAGGGCCUGGAGUCCCCCGGCCCGCAGCGGCAUUUCAACAUCAUGUGCAACCACCUGAGGUUCAACCUGCCGGAGGUGCAGAAGGUCAUGCCCGAAGACACUUUCUACUUCUCCAUCCUCAGAAACCCCGUCUUCCAGCUGGAGUCCGCCUUCGCCUACUACAGGAAAGACGUGCCCGCCUUCCGGGCGGCGGGCAGCCUGGACGCCUUCCUGGCCGCUCCGCGCACCUACUACCACCGCGGCGCGGGCCUGCGCAACGCCCCCGCCCGGAACGGCAUGUGGUUCGACCUGGGCUUCGACAACGACGCGCCGGCCGACGAGGCGUACGUGCGCGCGCGCCUCGCCGACGUGGAGCGGCGCUUCCAGCUGGUGCUCAUCGCCGAGCACUUGGACGAGUCCCUGGUGCUGCUGCGCCACCUGCUGCGCUGGCGGCUGGACGACGUGGUGGCCUUCCCGCUCAACUCGCGCAGCCCGCGCAGCGUCGCCGGCCUGUCGCCCGAGGCCCGCGCGCGCGCCCGGCGCUGGUGCGCCCUCGACUGGCGCCUCUACGAGCACUUCAACCGCACCCUGUGGGCCCGCGUGCGCGCCGAGCUGGGCCCGCGGCGCCUGCGCUCCGAGGUGGCCCGGCUGCGGGCGCGGCGGCGGGAGCUCGCGGCGCGGUGCCUGCAGGACGGCGAGGCCAAGAACGGGUCGCAGAUCACCGACCGCCGGCUGCGCCCCUACCAGUCGGGCGUGGCCGACAUCAUGGGCUACAACCUCCGGCGGGACCUGGACAACCAGACGCGGCAGAUGUGCCUGAGGAUGGUGACGCCCGAGCUCCAGUACAUGGCCCACCUGUACGCCCGCCAGUUCCCGGGGAAGCCCCCCAAGAACAUCCCCUUCCUGGAGGAAUAGAGGGACGGGGUCGGGCCCCCCGUGUGACUGCAGCCCCCUCCUGCCAUGGCGGGGAGGUCGUGGCCCCAGUUCAUGCGGGGGCGGGGGGGGGGGAGCUCCGCAGCAGCCCCUCUUUAGGGUGAAGACCCCCGUGAAGGCGCCCACCCGGGAUGCAUCCUCUUGGAGGGGCCUUUUCGGUGAGGGCCCCGAUCUCGGACAGUAGGGACACCUGGUCUGAGGGCAUGAACCUGUUCAACAGAAUACGCUCACGUGUUUAAUUAGACGUCAGUCCCACGAAGGAACACACACGGACACGCGGCCCAUCAGAGCGCAUGCCAGCACGGCCGGUGGAAGGAUCCACUGGACACGUGAACCGUCAGAAGAACUGGAACUCAGAGAACCCAGAGGGGCUUGGGCAGCAGGGCCAUGGGUCGCCGAGGGAGCCCAGAGUGGCUCCCUGAACUUGCCGGUCACAGAGACACUUGUGCCGCACCCACGGGCGGCACUUGGAUAACAGGCCCAGGAAACUGGUAUGAGGCAGUGAGUCUGGAAUGUUCAGCUUCCCAUCUCUUUGGCUGUAUGAGGUUUCUGUCCAGCUGAAGAAUGGCUUUAGGUUGAGAAACGUUCCAACUGUGUAUAAGACGCAUGGUUUGGCCGGAGCACAAGGGGGGGGGGUUAGUCCUGCAGCUCCCUGUUGGGACAGCCCCCCGGAGUGUCUGCUGGAGGAGCCCCCGCGGCUGGUGGCACCCUCCCUUGUGCCGGAGACCCCCUCGGAUGCAGCGCCAGAGGGGGGCGGCUUCCAGGCACCCCUGUUUGCCACCCGUGGGGAGGGACUGAGGACCCCCUGCCUAGCAGGACAGGAUCCCUGGCUGCCCCGGGGCCCAGUGCUUAGGGCGGGGUGCACACUGGAACCAGAUGCCCCGUGUCCCGAGAGAAGUGGGGUGCCUGGGGCAGCCAAGAACCAGAACUGCUCUCACACGCUCAGCCGGGAGGCUCAGCCUGGCCUGUCUGCCGGGUGCCCGGGGUCUUCUUCCUUCCACGCCAGGGUCCUCGGCCCGAAGUCCCCAGUUGCCUGGCCGGGA